AUGCACCGAUCCCGGGCCCGGGAUGGGGAUGGCCCUGGGCGGUGGACACGUAUUGAUCUCGUCGCCAGACGUCUUGUGCGCGGCCCUGAGCCUGGCUGCCGCAAGGGAUGCUGCGACAUGUUCGCUGGAUGCUGCAAGUCCUGCGGCGAGUGCUGGGAGCCCAUCGUCAACAAUCCUCUCGGGAACUACGUUGUCGGGACCUGGGUCGCCAUGGCCGUCGCGGCCGCCGCCUCGGGCUGGGCGAUCGGGCAGCUGGGUGACUGCGACAGUGACAUCAAGGGCAAGCUCGCCCUGUUCUGCAUCGCGAACUUUGCCCUCGCAUUCAUCCACUCUGGGAUGGCAUACUACAUGCAGCGCCAGAUCAUCAAGGGCCUUGGCGGCAAGGACUACGCGCAGAUGACCGCGAAGGAGAUCCAGAGCCAGGCGGGCCAGGUCCUGCUGUACGACGUGCCGGUCUGCCUGUAUUCGUUCCUCGCCACCGCGGCCUUCGGCAUGCAGUGCUCGGACGGGGCUAGGACGAGGACAAAGCCGUUGCAGAGCGUUCCGGAGCGUUCUCAGAGCGUUCCGGGACGCUCAGAGAAGGCCGCGGCGCCCGAGACAUCCUCCAUGGCCGCAGGAUCUCAGAGGUUCCCGAUCUAUCCGCGCCCGAUUUUGUCCUUGUCCUGGCUUCGUCUCAGGUGCUGGGGCCUCACGCUGGGCUCCUGCGGUGGGAACGAGCCCCACGGGGGCGCCGCGGCCCUGAUGAUCACCUGGGCCGUGUUGGCCUUCGCCUACCUCUUCUGCUGGUACUGCUGCCAGUGCUGCCAGGGCACCGUCUCCAAGAAGCAGACCGCCGCUGGCGGCCCUCCGGUAACGGUCGGGGCCCAGAGUGCCUAA